AUGUCCCUUUUCCCUUACCCGACACCCUUCCUCCCUUUUUCCACUCCAACCCCCCCCGUGUUCGCACAAUGUGUGGCCCGCGACCAGGUAGAGAGAUGGAACCGCCGCGAUCAGAAGCUGCUGGAGGCCGUGCAGCGGGGGGACGUGGGACGCGUGGCGGCGCUGGCCUCGAGGAAGUCGGCCCGACCCACCAAGCUGAACUCGAGCGGCCAGUCCUCGUUUCAUCUGGCAGCCGCCAAAGGCCUGACAGAAAGUCUGACUAUCCUGCUCGCAAACGGGGCUGACAUCAACAGCAAGAACGAGGACGGAAGCACCGCUCUGCACUUGGCCACCAUCUCCUGUCAGCCACAAUGUGUCAAAGUCCUGCUGCAGCACGGUGCCAAUGAAGAUGCCGUGGAUGCCGAGAAUCGCAGUCCGCUGCACUGGGCAGCCUCCUCUGGCUGUGCCUCAAGUGUUCUCCUGCUGUGUGACCACGAAGCCUUCCUGAACGUCCCAGACAAUGACGGACGUACACCCCUGAUGAUUGCAUCUCUGGGUGGCCACGCGGCUAUCUGCUCACAGCUCCUGCAGAGAGGUGCCCAAGUUAAUGUCACAGACAAGGAUACCAAGUCAGCUCUGAUCCUGGCAUGUGAGAAAGGCAGCGCUGAGGUGGCCGAACUGCUCCUGAGCCAUGGAGCAGACGCAGGGGCAGUGGACAGCCAGGGGCACGACGCUCUGCAUUACGCUCUGCACACAGAAGACAGGGAGCUGUGGAGGCUGCUUCGGCAGGCCCUGCAACGGCAGGGGCGGCAGGGAGGUCAGGGGCUUGUUCAACAUCCAGAUCAUGCCUCCCAGGCCCCUCCAUCUGACCCUCCCGUGGGUUCUCCACCCAAGAGCCCAUGGAGAGCGGAGCCCGAGGAAGAGGAGGAGGAAGAUCCAGGCUCGGAGGAGUGGAGAUGGAAGUAUGAGGAGGAGCAGAGGAAGGUUUCUCAGUUGGAACGGGAGCUGGUGCGAAAGACAGAAGAGAGUGAGGCUCAGGCUGCGGCCUACCUGGGCCUGGAGAACGGGGUUCGAGAGCAGGUGCGGGAGCUGGGGCUCCUCCUGUCCCAACAGCCUGGAGCGCCAGGAGGGCAGGGCUCUAGUCUGCGGCCUGGAGGGGACGGCAUGGAGCGGGGCUGUCCCUUGGGGCUGCUGGCUGAGCGCGUUCAGGAGCUGAAGCAGCAGCAGCAGGCCGCAGCCAACCCACUGUCAGCUUCUAAGAAGGCCGAGGAUUCAGCCUCGGGGGAGGUCCAGUAUGAAGCCGGCGGAGGGGCUCAACCAGAAGAACGGGGCCCCCUCCAGAGCCCAAGGUCCAAGACCACUGGGAAAGCCACAGGACAGCAGCUGGCCCCCAGUGGUGGACAGGCCCUCGGCCCUGAUCCUACCGACCAGCCACGUGCGGGCCAGCAAGAGAGGCCGCAGGCCCCAGGGGCUCACCCGCCGGGCACCAUCGAUGUGAACCAGCUCCUGCUACAGUUGAGGGAGGAGCUGGCUGAGGUGUGGCGAGACAAGGACGCUGCCCGAGGGGCUCUGUCAAGACCGGUCCUGGAGGGGGCUCUGGGGACACCCCGGGCCGAGGCCGCGGCGGCCGCCUGGGAGAAGAUGGAGGCCAGGCUGGAGCAGGUGCUGGUGAGGCUGGAUCGCGCAAAGGCCGGCCUGCCGGUGAAGCCCGAGGCCCCCGCCCAGGAGCCCAGAGGGGGAGCCCCGCAGGCGGCCACCCCCGAAGAGAACGAAGCCGGGCAGCAAAGAGCUCCUGGGGCCCGGGGAGAACCUCUAGGGGCCUCCGGAAGGGGACAGGUGCCGGGAGGAGGUCUGGCCAAGGGGCAGCUGGAGAAGGAGGUGGCAGCGCUGAGGCUGAGCAAUAGUAACCUGCUGGGGGAGCUGGGGGAGCUGGGGCAAGAGAGGCAGCGGCUGCAGGGGGAGCUGCAGGCCCUGAGCCGGCGGCUCCAGCGGGAUUUCGUCCCCAAGCCGGAGGCGCAGGACCAGCUGCAGCAGUUGCGGCGGAGCGUGGGGCUGCUGACGGACGAACUGGCCAUGGAGAAGGAGGCCACCGAGAAGCUGCGGCAGCGCCUGGCCUCCCAGAGCAGCGGCCUCCGGGGGCUGUGGGACUACCUGCCGCCCGAGCUGGUGGGCGAGGGCGGUGCGGGCCGCACGGCGGCCGAGCCCCUGGAGGAGCUGCGGGCCUGCAUCGGCGCCCUGGCCGCCGGGCACCGCGAGGCCCAGGCCGCGCUGGCUCGGCUGGAGGAGGAAAACCGGCGGCUGCGCGGGGCCCCCGGCCCCCACGGGCAGCCAGGCGCCUUCUCCCACGCCCCCGUCUCCCCCGAGGUGGCCGCUCUGGAGCAGGACCUGGGGAAGCUGGAGGAAGAGCUGCGGGCCGUCCAGGCCACGAUGAGCGGCAAGAGCCAGGAGAUCGGGACGCUGAAGAAGCUGCUGUACCAGGCGACCGAGGAGGUGGCCGAGCUGCGGGCCCGCGAGGCCGCCAGCCUGCGGCAGCACGAGAAGACGCGGGGCUCGCUGGUGGCCCAGGCGCAGGCGUGGGGCCAGGAGCUGAAGGCCGUGCUGGAGAAGUACAACGCGGCGUGCCGGGACCUGGGCCGGCUGCGCGAGGCCGCGGCCGACGAGCGGCGGCGCGGCGCGGAGCUGGCGGCGCGGGCCGCGGAGCAGGAGCGCCAGGCCGCCGCCGCGUGCGAGCGCUCGCAGCAGUUCGAGAAGACGGCCCAGGUGCUCAGAGACAAGGUGGAGCACCUCAUCGGGGCCUGCCGGGACAAGGAGGCCAAGAUCAAGGAAUUGUUGAAGAAGCUGGAGCAACUGUCAGAGGAGGUCUUGGCAGUGCGGGGGGAGAACGCUCGCCUUGCCCUGCAGCUGCAGGAUUCCCAGAAGAACCAGGAAGAGAUCAUCUCUGCCUAUAGGAAGCACCUGCUAAAUGCUGCUCAGGGUUACAUGCAGCAAGAUGUGUAUGAUAUCCUACUGCGGAUCCUCAGCACACGGGAGGGGUGAGGCAGCUGCUGCCCGGAGGGGUGUGUGAUGUCCCCCAAUUUCUCCCUGGCUAUUCUCUGCUAUGACUCUCUACUGGAAAAAAAUAUUGCUCCAAAUGCAUCCGCCAAUGGGUCAAGGCCCCCAAUUUGAAAAACAGCACUCUGUGAAAAUGGAGGUCGACGCUCUUUCUCUUUCUCAAAUCUGUCUCUCAUCUCUUCUUCUCUAUCUUGUGAUUCCUGCAUCCGCUAUAUUUUUUUUUAAGGAGGAGAGAUUGAGAGACCUGGAUUUUUUUCCUUCAAGAUGUAGACUCUAAAAUAUUUGAUGGGGUGUCAAACCAGGCAUCUGGAGCUGAGGCACAGGGGCUCACACGGUCCAUGUUCUUUGCCCAGGUACAAAGAGGGGUGAAAAGUCUGAUUCCGGGGAAAGGGAUACACAGAGCUGACUUCUUCCCUCCAGUUCCGUUCUCCGAUUGAAAAAAAAUGUAUCUGUCUUGGCCACUUCCCAUGGGUCUCCUCCCCUUCCUGUCCCUCCACCAGCCAGACUGCUAGGUGUGAGAGAGGCAGCAAGUUCCUCAUGGAUCUGGAACUGCGGUGUGGAUCCUUCCUUGGUCCUUCUGCAGGCCAGCCCCCUGCUGGGUUAUGCUGGGUGGGAGGCCACUGUUUGGCAGUAA